AUGAGUAGUACUAGUAGUGUUGAUGAGAAGAAGAAAGAAGUUGUUAUCAUUUCAAGUAGUGAAAGAAGUUUGAGAUUUGAUAAGCUUUUAAGAUAUGGAGAUGGUUUGGAUUGGAGUCUUAUGGUUUUGGGUAGUUUAGGGUCAAUUGUUCAUGGCAUGGCUCAACCUAUUGGAUACUUACUUCUUGGCAAAGCUCUUAAUGCCUUUGGUGAUAACAUUGAUGAUAUUCCUGCCAUGGUUAAUGCCCUCUACAAGGUUGUUCCCUAUGUAUGGUACAUGGCCAUUGCCACAUUUCCAGCUGGAAUUCUUGAGAUUGGAUGUUGGAUGUAUGCAAGUGAAAGACAAGUAGGACGAAUAAGAUUAGCUUAUCUAAAAUCAGUCCUUAAUCAAGAGAUUGGAGCUUUUGACACAGAUUUAACAACUGCAAAAAUCAUUAAUGGAAUAAGUAACCACAUCAAUAUCAUUCAAGAUGCAAUUGGAGAGAAGUUGGGUCAUUUUCUAUCAUGUGUUGCAACUUUCUUGUGUGGAAUUUUGAUUGCUGGCAUAUGCUGUUGGGAAGUGGCAAUCCUAUCUCUUUUGGUUGUUCCAAUGAUUCUUGCCAUUGGAGCUACUUAUACAAACAAAAUGAACACUAUUUCCAUUGCCAAAAUCAUAUUCCAAUCUCAAGCAACUUCAUUGGUAGAACAGACAAUUUCUCAAAUAAAAACAGUGUAUGCAUUUGUUGGAGAAAACUCUGCAAUAAAAUCAUUCUCAGAGAGGUUAGAACAACAAGUUAUGGUAAGCAAAGGAGAAGCUUUAAUAAAGGGAGUUGGAACAGGACUGUUUCAAACAGUUUCCUUUUGUUCUUGGGCUCUUAUUAUAUGGAUUGGAGCUGUUUUAGUCACACAAAACAAAGCUAAAGGUGGAGAUAUCAUAGCUGCUGUCAUGAGCAUUCUCUUUGGAGCUAUAUCAAUUACUUAUGCUGCACCAGAUAUGCAAAUAUUCAAUCAAGCCAAGGUUGCAGGGUAUGAAGUUUUCCAAGUGAUUCAAAGAAAGCCAACUAUAAGUAGUGAUUCUUCACAAGGAAAAACACUUGGAAAGGUUUGUGGCAACAUUGAAAUAUGUGAUGUGUUUUUCUCCUAUCCAUCCCGGCCGGAGAAGCAAAUCCUUGAAGGGUUUUCGCUAUCAAUUCCAGCCGGAAAGACAGUUGCUCUAGUGGGGAGUAGUGGUUGUGGAAAGAGUACUAUCAUUUCUUUAGUUGCAAGGUUCUAUGACCCUUCAAAAGGAAAAAUUCUCAUUGAUGACCAUAACAUUAAGGAUUUGGAUUUAAAGUUCCUAAGGAGUAACAUAGGAAUAGUUUCCCAAGAACCAUCACUAUUUACAGGCACCAUUAAAGACAACAUAAAAGUUGGUGAUAUGGAUGCAAAUGACCAACAAAUUCAAAUUGCAGCAGAGAUGGCUAAUGCACAUUCUUAUAUUUCACAACUACCAAAUCAAUACUCAACACAGGUAGGACAAAGGGGAGUUCAACUAUCAGGGGGUCAAAAGCAAAGAGUAGCCAUUGCAAGAGCCAUUCUUAAAAACCCUCCAAUCCUUUUGCUCGACGAGGCCACAAGCGCGCUUGACACAGAGUCAGAGAAGUUAGUUCAAGAUGCUGUUGAGAAAGCUAUGCAAGGAAGGACAGUUAUCUUGAUUGCACAUAGGUUGUCAACCAUUGUUAAUGCUGAUAUGAUUGCAGUUGUUGAAAAUGGACAUGUUACCGAGAUUGGAACUCAUCGCGGCCUUCUUGAUAGGAGUGAAUUCUACAACAACUUGUUCAACAUGCAGAACCUUAAUCCGAUUCUCGAAUCAAAUAGAAUUGAAGUAUCUAAUCUUGUUCUAUUGUUAAUUGACAGAAGUGAAAAUUCUUGUGAAGAGGAUGAAAGUUGUCAAAACCAUAUGUCAUUUCAAAAUGACAUCGAAGAAAAUAAGACAGUAACAGAAUCUGUACAUCCUGUCUUGGAAAAUUCCAAGCAAGAAGAGAGUGAAAGAGGAAGGAAAAGAACAAUAUUCUUAAGAAUUUGGUUUGGAUUGAGAAAAAGAGAGCUCACAAAGAUUGGUCUCGGUUCUGUUGCAGCUGCUUUUUCUGGCAUUUCAAAGCCUGUUUUCGGAUACUACAUUAUCACUAUAGGAGUAGCAUACUACCAUAAUGAUGCAAGGAGAAAAGUUGGCUUGUAUUCAUUGUUAUUUUUUGUUAUAGGGUUGCUUUCUUUAUUCUCUCAUACUUUGCAACAUUACUUCUUUGGAAUAGUUGGAGAGAAAGCCAUGGCGAAUUUAAGACGAGCUUUGUUUUCGGGAGUACUCAACAAUGAAGUGGCAUGGUUUGAGAAGCCUGAGAACAGUGUUGGUUCACUCACAUCUCGGGUUAUUAGUGACACAACCAUGGUGAAAACUAUCAUUGCAGAUCGAAUGUCUGUUAUUGUACAAUGCAUCUCUUCAAUAUUGAUAGCAACAAUUGUAAGUAUGUAUGUUAAUUGGAGAAUGGGGUUGGUAGCUUGGGCAGUUAUGCCUUGUCACUUCAUUGGUGGACUAAUUCAAGCCAAGUCUGCUAAAGGAUUUUCGGGUGACUUAGCUUCUUCGUAUUCUGAACUUGUUGCUCUUGCUGUUGAGUCUUCAACCAACAUAAGAACUGUUGCCUCUUUUUGUUAUGAAGAGAAUAUACUAAGCAAAGCCAAAAUGUCAUUGGAAAAUCCCAUAAAGAAGAGCAGAAAACAAAGUAUUAAGUAUGGUUUAAUUCAAGGAUUUUCACUUUGCUUAUGGAACAUUGCACAUGCUGUUGCUCUUUGGUACACAACAGUUUUGAUUGAUAGAAGACAAGCGAAAUUCGAAGAUGGUAUAAGAUCUUAUCAGAUAUUCUCACUCACAGUUCCUUCAAUCACAGAAUUAUGGACACUUAUUCCUACUGUUAUCUCUGCUAUAAGUGUACUAACUCCUGCAUAUCAGACACUUGACCGAAAAACAGAAAUCAAUCCAAACACACCAGAGCCUUCAAAUCGCGAUUUGAUCAAAGGGCAAAUCGAGUUUCAACAUGUUAAGUUCAACUAUCCAUUGAGGCCUGAAGUUACUGUCCUUAACAACUUUAGUUUGGAAAUUGAAGCAGGCUCCAAAGUUGCUCUUGUUGGUCCAAGUGGGGCUGGAAAGUCUUCCAUUUUGGCACUUUUGCUUAGAUUUUAUGAUUCUAUAGAAGGGAAUAUACUCAUUGAUGGGAAAGAAAUAAAGGAAUAUAACCUGAGAUGGUUGAGGACACAAAUUGGAUUGGUGCAACAAGAGCCUUUACUGUUUAGUUCUUCGAUUCGAUCCAAUAUUUGUUAUGGGACAAAUGAGGCUACAGAAACUGAGAUUGUGGAAGCAUCAAGGCAAGCAAACAUACAUGAAUUUGUAAGCACUUUACCCAAUGGAUAUGACACUGUUGUUGGGGAAAAAGGGUGUCAACUUUCGGGUGGCCAAAAGCAAAGAGUCGCCAUUGCUAGAACUCUGCUGAAGCGACCUUCAAUCAUGCUGCUCGACGAAGCAACAAGUGCUCUUGAUGCUGAGUCUGAGAAAAGCAUUGUCAAUGCUUUGGAAUCGAUGAAUCUAAAUGGCGAUCGAAUGUCAUGUAUUACACAAAUCACAGUUGCUCAUAGGCUUUCCACCAUCAAAAACUCAGAUACUAUUGUUGUUAUGGACAAAGGUGAGAUUGUUGAAAUGGGUUCACAUUCAAGCUUAUUAGAAUCCAAGGGAUUGUACUCAAGACUCUCCCGGUUACAGAGUUUUUCAGGACAUUAAGACCUUGUUUGGUUAAGCUGCUUUUAGCUUUUAGAAUUAAAAAAUCAAGCACUUUUAAGAGUGUUAAAAGACUUUUUCCCGAAGCUAUAAAUAAAAGCUAUACCAAACAGGGCCUAAAUGUUCUGAAACUUGACGAAUUUUUAGGUGGUUGAAUUAGUAAUAGAAUUUUCUAGUAACUUUUAUCAAGAAAUAACAUUGACAAGUUACUAAUAUAUUAUACAUAUACUUGGAGAAGGCAUUAUCACAUUGAUAUGAAAAAAGAAAAUGUAAGAAUGUAUGGAUACAUAAGGUUUUGUUCUCAAAAUCUCUUCCAUAUCUACUACUAUAUUAUAGUAUAUGCAAUGAAGUAUUUUAGAGUGGGAUCUUAGUACAGACCUAGUCCGCUUAUAGUCA